CAUGGGCAGAGACACACUGUGCAGUUUUUGUACUUUAUUGUAAAAUCUGUCAGACCUUAAUCGGGUAAUCCUCUGCUACGAAUUCUUCUUUAGCGGUUUGGCAGCGAAAGCAUAUCUCCUCUGCAGAUCUCAAGGCAAUGAUGGAGACGACCACAGCUCUUAAUGGCAGUGCAGACAAUGAAACUGGACUAAACGACGAUGACCACCUUGCCAGGCUGAGAGUAUCUCUGCACAACAUGACUAUCUUUAUUUACUCCUUGGCCUUUGUUCUUGGUGUGGUAGGAAAUGGAGUGGUUAUUUGGAUGACCGGCUUCAAGGUGAAAAAAACAGUUAACACAGUUUGGUUCCUCAACCUUGCUGUGGCCGACUUCCUCUUCACUGCAUUUCUGCCUGUGGGUGUGACGUACCUGGCUUUGAACUUCCAUUGGCCUUUUGGCAAAUUCAUGUGCAAACUGUAUGCCAUUAUAUCCUCCUUGAACAUGUUUGCCAGUGUCUACAUCCUGGUGGUGAUCAGUGUGGACAGAUGUGUGUCUAUGGUGUGGCCUGUCUGGGCCCAGAAUCAUCGCAAUGUACGCAAUGCGUCCUAUGUGUGUCUGGGUGCUUGGACACUGGCUCUAAGCCUAAGUGCUCCAUUCUCUGUCUUCAGGGACACUACAACAUCAUCUGUUGAUGAAGAGGUCAUAUACUGCUUCAACAACUUUGCUCUUUCUGAUGACUACGAGACACCAUCUGUGAAUCUGCUGCGAGAGUAUCGUCAACAGGCCAUGACCAUCACCCGCUUCCUCCUGGGAUUUGUUGUCCCCUUUACUGUCAUUGUGUCGUGCUACGCUGUGAUCAUCCACCGUCUCAGGAGGAACCGCAUUCUGGCCAACCACUCAAGUCGCCCCUUUAAGAUCAUUGCUGCUGUUAUCACCACCUUUUUCCUGUGCUGGGCUCCGUUUCACAUCAUGACUCUAAUUGAGAUCUUCAGUUACACAGAUGUUGCUCCAAGUGAGACUUUUAUCUAUUUCUUUGUUAUCGGUACUGAAUUAGCCACCAGCCUAGCCUUUCUCAACAGUUGCCUGAACCCACUGCUGUAUGUGUUCAUGGUCAAAGAUUUUAAAGAUAAAAUCCGUACAUCCAUCCAGAAUGUGUUGGAGGCUGCCUUCCAGGAAGAGGAGACUCACUCUCUCACAAAGUCAACAGACACUAGUCAGAGCAAUAAGAACGCAGCUAAUAGUGAGGUGUAAGGGUGUCCAUGAAAUAAAAAAAACGAAUUCUGAAACUAUGCAUUAACAAAUCUAUAUAUUUCCUUGUUGUCUUUCUACUGAGACCCUCAGUACGAUUGUAUGUUUGGAUCUGAUGUGAGUUUUACUGUUGUUAAUGUUAGCAGAGAGCCUGCAUGCUUUUUAACAACACCCACAGUAUUUAAAAAAUAGCAAGUCUAUAAGGUGUUAUAACCAAAUUAAUGUCAAACAUUUUAAAAAAUUAAAUUAAACUUCUUGACUUUCUUCUCCCACAUGCACAGCCGUUUUUCCACAUAUACAUGGUAUACAAUAGCAUUUAUUCAUGAAACAGCAUGAUUAAAAGUGUCUGCCUCUCUCUAGCCCCUGACCCUGACUGCAGUGAUCAGUUUGAGUACAUAUCCUAUUCAGUAGAGGAUCUCAUUUGACUUACACACAAGAAGAAUGCUCCACUUAGAAGCCAGAAGUGUCACUUAAAAGCUAAAUAUUGCCAUGAUGAAUUAAUUUUUUCAUAAACCACUUAUUAAAAAUCCACAUUAUGAUGUUUGAUCUUAAAGAUUAUAUAUAUUAUACUUAUAUUAUGCCUAUCCACAAUUCCAGCUUGGGAUAUCUAUAACAAUUUAGACCUCACAUAAAAUAAAAAAUAAAAAAUAAAAGACUAUAUAAAAUUGGAAUUAUGGAUAGUCAUAACAUAGUUGUCACAACUAACAAAACAAAACAGCCAACAAAACUCCCUACACAUGAAUGAAAAAGGUGAUCGCAUUUCUGAGGAAGUAUGUAAUUGUGGAUAUCUAAUAUGUUUAUUUUAAGUGGGAAGAAUUAAAUAAUGUCUAUGUCAAAUAUAUAUCCAGAAUAGCUUUAACAGCUUUGAGAUUUUUAAACAAAAGUUCUUUUAAUAAGUUCUGUACAUAUACACUUAAAGGUGGAAUGCUGCCCUCUGCAGUUCCAUGGUCUUAAUAACAGUUUGAAGCUCUUUUUCACAGUUCAAAGUUCUAUUUCAAUCUUAAUCUCGUCAUCCUUCCUUCUAAAUAAAAUAUUAUUUUUUUACUCACAUAAAUAACAAAGACAAGCUUAUUAAGAGUCAGGAAAAUUAUUUUCUUAAUAACAGGAGAAAUCCACAUCCCAAUAGAGCGAUAUAUAAUUACUAGAACAUUUAUAUAAGGGGUACAAAACAUUGUCGACAAAUGAAAUAUACAGUUUAUAAACAAAAGUGUGAAAAGACUAUUUCUUCUGUUGGAAAAAAGGAGAAACAAACUGCUUGUAUUAAUUUGUGAUGAGAAUCGCUAUCGGUCAGUAUCGGUAUUCAUUCGACAGGACAAAUAAAAAAGUAAAAUCGAAUACAAUGCAAAAAUCCUAUAUGUCAAAUGCUUCAUUGUGCACAGACUGUUAAAAUGUAAA